GAAAAAAGUGGAGAAAAGGAGAAAGAGCGAGAGAGCGCAGGCUGGGGGGGGAUGUGUAAAAGAAGAAGCGUUGCUAUUUUUUUUUGUUUGUUUGCUUUUCCAUGCAUGCAUAAUGAGGCCUAAUCAGAGCACACUGCUGCUGCUCGGAGGGCACUUUUGUAUUUAAAGCCUUGCAAAGAGAAAGAUCCACAGACGGAUCCAACAGAGCAGCUUGUAGGGCUCGUUAACAACAGAAGCAGCAUCAGUCGCCCAGAGAAAAAGGGACCCUGAAGGCUACCUCUUCUCUUUCCCCCGUGCUAUCUUCUUGCUAGCGGACAGAGACAAUUCUCGACAUCCGAAAGUACAACCCGUACCGAAAGGAAGCGAGCAGAGCCGGGACUGCGAAUGGGAUCGGAGCGACUGGCAUGUGCGGAGAUGCUGCGAGUGGAGAGUUAAAAGCUCCCGAGGAGGCAGCAGCUGGGCAUUUAUUUUGUGCAAAAAAAAAAAAGGAGUAAAAAGAAAAGCGGAACUGCAUGAGGAGUAGCACACCACCAUGAGCUCUCUCGGCGCAGCCUGCAAGACCCCGAGCGCAGUCCGAAGCCGGUCUCCUCCGAGUCCCUGCUAGCACUGAUUCCCGCAACUCUCCGGGCGCUUUCGCCGCCGACGCCGCCGAGCCAAGUCAGGAGCUGCGGGUGAGGACGCACAGGACGGCCCCGGGCGUCUGCUUCGUGCCGCGGCCCGGCCGAUUUCAGCUCUCGGGGGCUGAGGGGCCCUGGAGUCAGCGUGGAUGGAUUGAUGCGAGGAGACCUCAUGCACACGGCCGGCAGGAGUUUUGCAAACUUUUCCACGGGCUGCGGCUCCUUCACGUUCUCGUUCUCGUCGUCUACCAGCGCCUCUCCCCGGCUUACUUGCGGCAGUAGCUGGUGCUGCCGCCACCCGCAAUGGUGGCCCCUUCGCCUGCUCGGCAAGGAGGCGGCAGCGGAUGCCGCUGGCCACGGCCAGCCGCCUGGCUGUGGCUGGCGGCGGCGCUGGGCGCCGUGUGGCCGCCGCGGGGCUCGCUAGUGCAGGGCCGGCGGCUGAUCUGCUGGCAGGCAGUGCUACAGUGUCAGGGGGAGCCCGAGUGCAGCUACGCUUACAACCAGUAUGCCGAAGCGUGCGCCCCGGUGCUCCUGCAACUGCCGCCGGAGGGAGGCGGCGGGGACAGAACAGGGGCCGCUGCAGGCUCAGCCGUCUCCUCCAGGCGGCGGUGCCCCAGCCACUGCAUCGCGGCCCUCAUCCAGCUCAACCACACCCGGCGCGGCCCGGCGCUGGAGGACUGCGACUGCGCGCAGGACGAGAACUGCCGCGCCACCAAGCGUGCCAUCGAGCCCUGCUUGCCCCGCACUAGUAGCCCGGUGGCAGGCGGCGGACCCGGGGGUGCUGGCGGCGGGCCCGGCGUUAUGGGCUGUACGGAGGCGCGGCGGCGCUGCGACUGGGACAGUCGUUGCAGCCAGGCACUCAACCGCUACAUGACCUACUGCGGGAAGCUGUUCAACGGGCUGCGCUGCACGUCGGAGUGCCGCGCCGUGAUUGAGGACAUGCUGGCUGUGCCGAAAGCCGUGCUGCUCAACGACUGCGUUUGCGAUGGGCUGGAGCGGCCCAUUUGCGAGUCGGUCAAGGAGAACAUGGCCCGCCUUUGCUUCGGCGCGGACAUGGGCGGUAACGGCGUCGGCAGCAGCGGUGGCUCGGACGGCGGCCUGGAGGAAUACUACGAUGAGGACUACGAGGAGGAGCCGAGCCAGAAGGGGAGGGACGACGUGGAGGACAAUGCGGGCUCCGAGCCUGGGUUCCCUGUGCAGGGAAAUAAUGCCGCCCAACCUGACGCCGGGGCCUGGGUGCUGCUAGCCUCCAUCUUGCUGCCGCUGCUACCGCUGUUGUAGCGUCAACCCCUCUUUCGCUACCUCUGCGCCGGGACGGGCCUUGAGCUCCUUUGGAGUCCGGUGGCGGCGGCGGGAGGCCCGGCCGGUGGGCUGUGCGCAUGCAGCACAUUUUAAAACGCUCAGACCGUUAGUCCAGGCGCCCCCGACCCCCGCGUCUUCCCGAAGGGGGAGGUCUCCCUUCUGCCUCAGCUGCUGCCCACAGUGCCUGUCCGCAUCCUCCUCCGGCCCGGCUUGGCCUGGCUUCCUUGUGCCGGCUGCCUUAGACUGGCGGAGCUGCCGCGGCCUUCCACG